AUGCUGAAAAGAUAUAAUUCUAACAGUAAUAAAAAACGCUGUGACGACGUCUACUUUUUUCGAGAAGGAAAUCGAUUUGACCAAAUUUUAAUUUUUUUUCGUGAAUUUUUUAUGGCUUCUCAUAAGAGCCGAGCUGCCCAAAGAUAUUUAAGAAGUCACGCUUCCAUUGAUGAUGAAAGACAUCGACACAUACGGCAGUGCAUAUACAUUAUUCAUCCUUUCAGCUUAUUUAGAUUUUGGUGGGAUACAUUAAUGAUUACAAUUAUCGCUGCUGGUUUCCUAACUUUUCCAUUUCAGUCCGGUUUUGAUAUGAAUAGAACUAAUUCAUUAUCAUGGACUUACGUGAAGAAUAUUCUCUUAUUUUUCUGCUGCUUAGAUAUUUUCAUUAAUUUUUCAACUGGGUAUUUUGACAACUCUCAAAAUAUGGUGGAAUUACAGCGCAAAGUUAUCUGCAAACACUACCUUAAAACGGGUUUUACUGUUGAUUUAUUAGGAUCUUUUCCAACCGACUUGCUCUUCAUCAAAAGUUGGAACUACCAUAUUGUACUUCGUGAAAUCACAUCACUUUUGUAUGUUUUUAGAAUCUUUUCAUUCUUGACUUAUACCGACAAAAUAGCAAGAGAUUGUGGAAUACGUCGAUCUCUUUACGAUUUCUUCAGCACCAUUUUUUGGCUUAUUAUAGUGCUCCAUUGGCAGGCUUGUUUUUACUGGAUAAUUCCUGUGGUUGUUGUUUCAAUAUCGCUGCCACAAAUGCCACUUAAUGAAUCUUGGAUAAUAUCCUUGAAUUUAUGGAAUAUAGAAAGUGAUAUAAAUAAAUAUAGCCAUUGUUUUGUUCGGUCUAUCGAUACUUUUAUGCGUUCAGGAUAUUUGGUGCAAACUGAAUCACAAACCAAAGCGGAUCAACGUUUGGUGAUAUUUUUUCUUAUAAUUGAUACCUUAAUCUUCUGUUUUCUUAUAGCACAAGUGAUGCAAUUUUUUAAAGGAAUUAAUUCUUCGAAAUUAAAAUAUCAAGCAACAUUAGCACACUUAUCACAGUACAUGAGACAAAAGCAAUUACCGCGUAAAACUCAAAAUCGCAUAAUGAAUUUCUAUGAAUUUAAAUUUCAAAGACAUUAUUUUAGGGAAUUUGAAAUUUUAAGUAUUUUAUCGAUGCAUAUGCGACAGGAAAUUAAAAUGCAUUCUUGUCGUAAACUUGUGGAAAAUGUUACUUUUUUCAACAAUUUACCGCUUUCGCUGCUCUUACGAAUUAUGGCACUUUUAAAGUCUGAAAUAUUUUUAACACAUGAUGUUAUUGUUAAAGCUAAUCAAAUUGGUGACUGCAUGUAUUUUAUAGCUUCUGGAACAGUCGCAGUAUAUACAUUUACAGGAAAAGAGGUUUGUCACUUGGAAGAUGGUGCUCAUUUCGGAGAAAUUGCUUUGAUUAUGCCCAAUGCCAAAAGAGUUGCCAGUGUUGUUGCUGUAGAAACUUGCAAAUUAUAUAGGCUACAAAGAGCAGAUUUUGCCAGAACAAUUCAUCCAUAUCCUAUGCUUUGGGAGAGAAUUAAAAAAAUUGCUAUCGACAGACAUGAAAAAACUACUAUAUUGAAUUCACAAUAAAAUUAUAGCGAAUCCGUAAAGAAACCUAUAUUUUACGCCAAUAGCAUUAUUUAUAAAAUUUAUUAUUUUAAUAAUUAACAUAAAUUAAUUGAUAAAAAUAAAUAAGUGCAUCAAAUAUUAAAUUGUAAACUCAGUCGAUCAAUCGAUAAUAGGUCUUUAAAUAAGAUAAGAAAAAUGAAAUUUUACGUUUUGUAUGAUAAAAUUAUAUUUUAAUAACAAAAUAUUAGAUUGUAUUGAUGUGUAUCUACGUUUGUGUAUGCGUGUAAGCAUGCGAUUGCGGGCUUGUGUGUUAUUAAAAAUAUUAUCUAUUUUCAUUAUUUACUUUCAAUGAUUUAAAAAUCAUGUAAAUUA